AUGGCAUUCCUCACCGCCAAGCGUUCGUCCGCCGCGCUCCUCCUGCUCGGCCUGUCCGUGUCCCUGGCGGCGUGCGGCGUCGCCGCCCACGACAUCGCCGCCAUCCUCGCCGCACGCCCGGACCUCCGCGAGUUCAGCGGUCGCCUGGCCUCCACGGGCCUGGCGUACGACAUCGACCAGCGCAACGCCUCCCUCACGGUCCUCGCCGUCGACAACGCCGGCAUGGCCCUGCUCAAGGCGCGCCGCCUGCCGCGCGCGACGGUCCGGCGCCACCUCUCGCUCCACGUCCUCCUCGACUACUACGACCAGGCCAGGCUGCAGAGCCUCCCGCGCGGCAGCUCCGAGGUCGUGUCCACCCUGCUCCCGGCAUCCUCCCGCCCCGGGGCCGGGGCCAGCGGCAAGGUGAGGAUCGUCGCGCCCGGGCCCGGGCUCGGCGCCGGCGAACCGGUGGCGUUCCUGCCCAUGGGCCUCGGCCCCGGCUACUGGCGCGUCGCCCUCUUCGUCAGGUCCGUCUACGAAGCUCCCGCCGACAUAUCGGUGCUGCAGGUCUCCGCCGUGAUGUCGGGCGGAGGCCGGCAAGAAGCUACUGAUUGA